UUCUCCUAUUCCCUUAUUUGAAAUGAGAGGUUUUACUGAAUGACGUUUCUAAAGACAUUUAAAAGGUUUUCUUUUGUGUACUAUUGGCCUAUUGUUUCUAAUGAUUUUCACCUUUUGUUGUGCCAAGUGAUAUUGCAGUAGUCUAUGUCACAAAGAACAAAACUUUGGUGUUUCAUUCUAGGCUGAAGCGAGUGUAGCCCGCUGUGAAUUAGGUCAUGCAAACAGCGAAUUGAAAGACAGUUUCGGGUUGCUGGGUGGCGCUAACUCGCACUCAGAUAGGAUCCACUCUCGGGCGUUGCGUGCUCUUCUCUUGACUACGGCGCCCCGACUCCUUGUUCGUGGCAACGUGAGGCCGUUGUGAAUUCCGGUCCGUCUCUUCAUUCAGCCACCCUCCUCUAUUCUGACUACGCUCGACCGCGAGUUGGUAGCUAUCUGUUAAGCCGCGGCUAGCACGUUGUACCUGGGUGUUUCAGGUCCCUCGCCGGUUUGUCUUUCCCCCCUCCCUUGAUCCUACCUAUCCUGGCCCCAGCCAUGGCUGCGAGUGCGAAGCGAAAGCAGGAGGAGAAACACCUGAAGAUGCUCCGAGAAAUGACUAGUUUGCCUCCCAAUAGAAAGUGCUUUGACUGCGACCAACGCGGCCCAACCUAUGCCAACAUGACGGUGGGGUCCUUCGUCUGUACCUCCUGCUCCGGUAUUCUACGAGGGCUGAACCCUCCUCACAGAGUGAAGUCCAUCUCCAUGACGACCUUUGCGCAGCAGGAAAUCGAGUUUCUCCAGAAGCACGGGAACGAGGUGUGCAAACCGAUUUGGCUGGGUCUCUAUGACGACAGAACUUCUUCCGUCCCGGACUUCCGAGAACCACAAAAAGUGAAAGAGUUUCUUCAAGAGAAGUACGAGAAGAAAAGAUGGUACGUCCCUCCAGAGCAGGCCCGGGUGGUGGCCUCAGUGCACGCCUCCAUCUCCGGCUCCUCGGCCAGCAGCACCAGCAGCACGCCUGAGGUGCGGCCACUCAAGACCCUACUGGGGGAGUCCGCCCCCGCCCUUCACCUCAACAAGAACACCCCCAGCCAGUCUCCAGUGGUGGUCCGUUCUCAGCAUAUGUCUCAUCAGGAGAAGUUCGACCUCCUCAGCGAUCUGGGUGGAGACAUCUUUGCAGCCCCGCCCUCUCAAGCUUCCAGCUCCUCCUCUGCAAACUUUGCUAACUUUGCACAUUUCAACAGCCAUCCAGCACAGAAUGCCAGCGCAAGCGCAGACUUUGCCAACUUUGAUGCGUUUGGGAGUUCUGCUGCUGCGCCUGCUCCAUUGCCAUCUGCUCCACCCGCAGGAGCCUCCUCGGGACUAGCUAACGACAAUUUUGCAAAUUUUGACAACUUCCCCAAAUCCUGUAGUGCGGACUUUGGAGCGAUGGGCCAGCGAGGCACGUCGGCAGGCGCAGGCAGAGUAGACGGCGCUAGCGUGCCCGCCGAUAAAUAUGCCGCCCUGGCAGACGUGGACAGCAUCUUUAACUCGGCCCAGUCUGAGUCAGGGGGCGCCGUCCCGAGCGGGGUGAGCUCUGCACCCCCCUCAGCAGGCGUGGGGCCCCCGCCGGCCCCCAGUGGCUCCAUGAGGGGGGACCGCUACGCCGCCUUGGCCGAGCUGGACAACGUCUUCAGUACUCCCCCCACCAGCGGCUACAACACCAGCAGCACGGCGCAGGAAACCAUGUUUGGUGCUGUGACUGGUGUGUCCUCAGCACAGACACAGCAAGGACUACCCAGCAUGCCUCAGGGCUUUGGAGUGGGCCCUUCAACAAACCCUUUUGUUGCCUCAGCGGCCCCAGCAGUGACCACUACUAACCCGUUUCAGACCAAUGGCAGAGCAGCAGCUGUGGCCGCAGCAGCCUCGUUUGGCACAGGUUCCAUGAGUAUGCCAGCUGGCUUUGGAAAUGCAGCGGCAUACAACAUGCCCACCAGCUUUAGCGGAACCUUCCAGCAAGCCUUCCCUGGGCAGGCCUUCCCUCCAACACAGGCCUUCCCCCCAACACAGGCCUUCCCUCCGACGCAGGCCUUCCCUCCAACACAGGCCUUUGCCCCAACGCAGGCCUUCCCCCCAACACAGGCCUUCCCCCCAACGCAGGCCUUCCCCCCAACACAGGCAUUCCCCCCACAGCCCAACGGGACGAGCUUCAGUGCUUUUGGUCAGCCCAAGCCUGUUCCUGCAUUCGGCCAGCACAUGGCUGCUCCUGGGGUCUCCAGCAAUCCCUUCCUCGUGGGAGCUCCUGCUGCACAGUACCCCACAGGAAACAACUCCACGAACCCCUUCUUAUAGGGCCUCCUCACCCACAGGGGGGCGCUGUGGCUGCGCUUGCACCUCUUGCACUGUUUCCGUUCAACAGGAGUAGCUUUAAAAGAAAACAAAAAAGGAAACCUUUUCUAAAGGACCUGCAAUUUUUUGUAACCAAUUUUAAGAACAUAAGUGGCAUAAAAAAAAGAGAGAAAGAAUGAAAGAAAAAAGCACCAACAGCAGCUGUGAACAACUUUGACUGUGAUGACAUCGCCCAUGGCAACCAAACAAGCAGGGUAACGUGGGGUGCAAAGAGAAGGGUGCCCUCGUCACCCCUCUUUGGGAUGAGACCUCUGAACGCCUUCCUGCAGAGGUCCACACCUCUGCGCAAACUGACUGACUACCACCGGCGACUAAGUUAUUAUUGCAAACCCUACCCCUCCACGCAUCGUGCUGCAACCCUGUACAGAAUUUCAUUUCGUUUUCAUUCAUUUUUUUUUUUUUUCUUAGCAGAGGCCAGACUUUAGCUCUUUUGUGCAUAUCAGUAUUUGUAUCUUUUAACACAUUGUGUUAAGUUCUGAGGGUUUGUGGGCUGAGGAACGUGGGGCACCUCCCUAAAUGGCUGCAGUGACUGAACCAGGCUUCCAGGAGAGCAAAACCCAUCCAUUCACCCCUACACACACACACACACACACACACACACACACACACACCUAUACACACACACACACAGCUGUGAGACUGCGCUGGCGGAAGCCCCUUGGACUGGACAGACCACUUCUACUGGUCGUUACGUUAAAUUUAAGUUAAUGUGUGUAUAUAUAUUAUAUAUACAGUAUAUAUUAAAAAGGAAUUUUAACUAAAACA